AAAAAAAAAUUCAAAAUUCCACCACCUUUUGUAGCUCUUUACUACACCCCGUAGGGAAGUAAUGAAUUCUGCAAUUAUUAUUAUUUAUUACUUUUUUAUUGUUGAUUUGUAUAAUAGUUUGUAUAAUAGUAGUAUAUAGGUACACGCGCCUCCGUAAUAAGUGUUCUCAUUUGCCUUCUUCACUAGGAUUCUCCAUUCUUCCAUUUUCCCCCAUUUUUGCUUCUUCAUAUACUUGUUCAUUAUACGUUUGCUUCUUCUUCGUCUGGUAAAAACUUAAAAAAAGGGGAAAAAGAAAAAGCAAUGUGGGCUAUGGAGAUAGGUGUUGGGUGGAUCAGCAAUGCGGGUCAUGCCACUCAAACCAAAGCAUUGCACUGGUUUUCGUCGAUGUUGGCUGGUAUUUUCAUGUGCAGAAUUGUGUAUGGCUUAACAGGUGUGAUCAGCGCUUCGUUCGUGAAGGAGUAUGGCAAGCUUAACAGUAAACAAAAACUAGAAUGGAACAACAGGGGGUUUUCCACUUUCCACGCCAUUGUUGCGGCAUCUAUUUCUCUAUAUCUCUUGCUAGCUUCGGGCCUUUUUGAUGAUUCUCAAGAUGAGUUGAUGAUCAAUAAAUCAUCGAUUUUAUCAGACACAAUUUUGGGGGUUUCGAUCGGUUACUUUCUAUCAGACUUGGCGAUGAUAUUCUAUUACUACCCUGCCUUAGGUGGUACAGAGUAUGUGAUACAUCACGGACUCUCCAUGUAUUCAAUUAUACAAUCCCUUUUGAGCGGUCAAGCACAUAUUUACAUUCUAAUGGUUCUCUUUACUGAAAUCACUACUCCGUUUGUUAAUCUUAGAUGGUAUCUUGAUGUUGCCGGCCUAAAGAAUUCUAAGCUUUACGUCUACAAUGGUGUGGCUUUGUUCUUGGGGUGGUUGGUUGCUAGGGUUAUUCUAUUCGUCUUCUUUUUCUACCACAUGUUUACCUAUUUUGAUCAGGUGAAGCAAGUGUACCCGAUGGGAUUUUACAGCUUGCUCAUAGUACCACCUGCUAUGGCUAUAAUGAAUUUGUUCUGGUUCUGGAAAAUUGCUAGAGGUAUGAUCAAAACACUGGGCAAGGCAAGACACAGCCAAUAGAUAGUACUUCUUUUACCAUGUGAAUAUCGACGGAAUGCUUCGGGGAGUUCGAAAAUAAACAUAGAUCCAAAAAUUCAUCAAGAAUUUUCCGGGUUUCCGACCUUUACUUUGUUUCCAUGAGAAGCACCUCAAUCCUCAAAAUUCCAAUUCUAAAGUAUAGAUAAAGCAAGAAUCUUGUAAUAGUAUGAAAGUUUCACUUUGCAUCAAUGUGAAACUUAUCUCUAAAGCAAAAGCUUCUAACAUUUAAGUUUAUAAUGUGAUAUUAAUUAAUUAAAUAUUAUUACUAAAGUUUGAUUUUCAGUUUU